AUGGAUGCAGGAUCUUUGAGUUCCCCAGCAAUCAAGUCCCGAUCACGCUGUCCUCUUCAAGAACAAUUUCUUCAGAGAAAAAGUUCCCGAGAGAAUUUGGACAGAUUCAUACCAAAUAGAUCAGCAAUGGAUUUCGAUUAUGCUCACUACAUGUUGACAGAAGGGGCUAAAGGUAAGGAAAAUCCAGUUGCGUGCUCCCCUUCUAGAGAAGCUUACAGGAAGCAACUUGCAGAAUCCUUAAACAUGAACAGAACCAGAAUACUAGCUUUCAAGAACAAGCCACCUACGCCAGUUGAUUUGAUUCCUCAUGAGAUUACUUCAAAUCAUCAACACGAUAAAAUCGCCAAGCCUAAGCGAGUUAUUCCUCAGACUUCUGAGAGGACAUUAGAUGCACCAGACCUUGUGGAUGACUAUUACCUCAAUUUAUUGGAUUGGGGAAGUGCCAAUGUUCUUGCAAUAGCACUUGGAAACACAGUGUAUUUGUGGGACGCAUCAAACGGUUCCACUUCAGAACUCAUGACUGUCGAGGAUGAAGACGGCCCUGUCACAUCUGUGAGUUGGGCUCCUGAUGGGCGUCAUAUUGCUGUUGGUUUAAACAACUCUGAAGUGCAGCUAUGGGAUACAGCUUCCGAUAAGCAGUUGAGAACAUUGAGAGGUGGACAUAGGCAGCGUGUUGGGUCAUUGGCAUGGAACAACCACAUACUCACAACUGGAGGAAUGGAUGGUAGAAUUCUAAACAAUGACGUACGAGUUAGAUCACCCAUUGUUGAUACAUACAGAGGGCAUGAACAAGAAGUUUGUGGGUUGAAAUGGUCGGCUUCAGGUCAACAAUUAGCCAGUGGAGGAAAUGAUAAUCUACUUUAUAUCUGGGACAGAGGUACAGCAUCUUCUGCUUCCCCAACACAGUGGCUUCACAGGCUUGAAGAUCAUACAUCUGCAGUCAAGGCACUUGCUUGGUGUCCUUUCCAAGGGAAUUUGCUAGCUACCGGUGGAGGCAGUGGAGACAGAAGCAUCAAGUUUUGGAAUACACAUACAGGUGCAUGCUUGAAUUCAGUUGACACUGGGUCUCAGGUGUGUUCCCUCUUGUGGAACAAGAAUGAAAGGGAGUUACUCAGCUCCCAUGGUUUUACACAGAAUCAGCUAACACUUUGGAAAUAUCCUUCCAUGGUGAAGAUGGCAGAGCUGAAUGGUCACACUUCAAGAGUCCUUUAUAUGACACAGAGCCCAGAUGGUUGCACAGUGGCAACAGCUGCUGCGGAUGAAACAUUGAGGUUUUGGAAUGCUUUUGGCACUCCAGAAGUAGUUGCCAAAGCUGCACCAAAAGCUAGAGAGCCAUUUUCGCAUCUGAAUCGUAUUCGAUAA